CUUCCGGGGUUUGCGCGUGAAACGUUUUUGUUGAUAUUGCUGCAUCUGUCCAAGUUUUAGCGUUUUACUAUUUGAUAUGUUUUUGUGAUUCUUGUAUAUUUUCAAGAAUACUUCUAUGCUGUGUCGGGUUUUAUUCUAAAUUUCAGAAUCAUGAUGGCUCCAAGGUGCUUGUUGUUGUGUCUGAGAUGCAGAAAUCUUCUUGGCACCAGGAUUUCCACACAGCAUUUGUCCCAUCUCAUGCAAGGAUGUACAGCCUCAUUACCUUGUGAACAACAAACGGGAAUAAUGAUACAGAUGUGCCAUUACAGUUCUGUUAAACAUCUGCAGAUAUUAACCUCAGCAACAGAUUUUGUAUCUAAUAAAAGUUGUGUACUGCAGGACCCAAAACAGGCAAUAGAUCUUGACGCCAAUGUUGAGCUCUCAGCGUUGGAAGAGAUUGAUGAUGAAGAAGCUGUUACAAUCUCUGUUCCCACAGCUCUGCCUCCAUUAUCCACGUCACUCAAAGACUAUGUUGACAAAUCUGAGACUCUGAGUAAACUUGUACAGCUAGGUGUCAAUCUUUGGAAGCUUGAACAAAGGCCUAAUGUGGGCUCUAUGCUUUUGAGACUUGAUUAUGAUAGAGAUGUUGCAUCAAAGCUGCUGUUUUUAAAAGAUAUUGGGGUUGAGGACUCACGCCUUGGCUAUAUCAUCUCACAUAAUCCAUUUAUUCUCACGCAAAAUUUUGAAAACCUGGAGACAAGGGUGAACUACCUCAAAUCUAAGAAGUUCAGUCUAGAGACAAUAGCAUCAAUGGUCUCCAGAGCACCAUAUCUGCUCAGCUUCAGUGUGAAGAGGCUGGACAACAGGAUGGGCUUCUAUCAGCAGCAGCUCAACCUAAGUGUUGUCAAUACAAGAAAUAUUGUUUCUCGUCUACCCCGAUUGUUGUGUGGUAGUUUGGAGCCUGUGAAGGAAAAUCUGAAGGUAUGCGAAAUAGAGCUUGGCUUUAAAAAGAAUGAGAUUCAGCACAUUGUCCUAGCUGUCCCAAAAGUGCUCACUGCAAAUAAGAAGAAGCUAAUCCAAAUAUUUGAUUUACUUCACAAUACCAUGAAGGUGCCCCAUCACUUGAUUGUUAAGUUCCCACAGGUUUUGAAUACAAAAUAUUUGCGUGUCAAGGAGCGACAUCUGUUCCUUGAAUAUCUGGGGAAAGCUCAGUAUGAUCCUGCACAGCCAAAUUACAUUGCCCUUGACAACCUGGUUUCUUUACCUGAUGAGACCUUUUGUUCUGAACUGGUGUCUGUCAAAUUAGAGGAUUUCUAUUUGUUUCAAAAAACUCUGUAAUAUAACAAAUAGUAACCUAGAUUAUUGACUGUAAAUUGUAAAAUAAACUUGAUUUGACAAAAUGA